UCGGGGGGGAAACCACGUCAGAAAUCUAGCGACGGUUUAGCGCACGAGCUGCGAGCUAGCGCGCCAACGGAAGCGUUUAGCUUCGUAUUCGAUUAAAAAAUAAUAAGGAAAGUCCAAUGGUGCGAUAUUUUCGGAACGUCCAUAUCAGCUUGCGUUAACAGAGAGCGGUUUCACGGGGAACAAAUAAGAAGGGGGAACAAAAUCAACAAAUCAUCGGUCUUUUCGUUGCCGUUACUCGCUGACUGAUUGGCGCAGAUGGCGGCCACAGUGGAGGAGCUGUACCGUAACUACGGCAUUCUGGCCGACGCCAAGGAGGAUCUUAGCCAGCAUAAAGAUGCCUAUCAGGUUAUUUUGGAUGGUGUGAAAGGAGGCCCCAAGGAGAAGCGUUUGGCUGCGCAGUUCAUUCCAAAAUUCUUCAGUAGUUUUCCAGACCUGGCAGAUGCAGCAAUUAAUGCACAGUUGGAUUUGUGUGAAGACGAAGAUGUAUCAAUUCGCAGACAAGCCAUCAAAGAACUUCCACGCUUUGCGGCCGGAGAGAAUUUACCCAGAGUAGCAGACAUUCUCACACAACUACUGCAGACAGAUGAUGCAGCAGAAUUCAACCAAGUAAACACUGCACUGAUUUCCAUAUUCAAAAUUGAUGCUAGAGGGACACUUGGAGGUCUUUUUAGCCAAAUUCUACAGGGAGAAGAUGUUGUGCGAGAAAGAGCAAUUAAGUUCCUCUCUGCCAAAUUGAAGACAAUGCCUGAAGAAACCCUGACCAAGGAAGUGGAGGACUACAUCUUCACAGAGACAAAAAAGGUUUUGGAGGAUGUGACUGGAGAGGAGUUUGUGCUUCUGAUGCGGGUGCUGUCUGGCCUGAAGUGCUUGCAGACAGUGAGCGGGAGACAGCAGCUAGUGGAGCUGGUGGUGGAACAGGCCUACCUGGAGCAGGUCCUCAAUCCUGCUGAUGCUGACAGCGUGGACCGCCUGCUUCAGUGUACACGCCAGGCACUGCCACUGUUCUCGAAAAAUGUACAUUCCACUCGAUUUGUGACGUACUUCUGUGAGCAUGUUCUGCCUAACCUCAGCAUGCUCACCAGCCCUGUGGCAGAACUGGACAUCCAGCUUGAAGUACUAAAACUGCUGGCUGAGAUGAGUCCAUUCUGUGGUGACAUGGACAAACUUGAGUCCAACCUCAUGAUGCUAUUUGAGAAACUUUUGGAGUUCAUGCCCUUGCCUCCUGAAGAAGAGAAUGGGGAAAACGCUGGGAGUGAUGAGCCCAAGCUCCAGUUCAGCUAUGUGGAGUGCCUGCUCUUCAGUUUCCAUCAGCUUGGCAAAAAAUUACCAGACUUUCUUAUUGACAAGGUCAAUGCUGAGAAAUUAAAGGACUUCAAGAUCAGGCUGCAGUACUUUGCAAGAGGACUACAAGUGUACAUUCGCCAACUUCGUGUGGCCUUGCAUGGCAAAACUGGUGAUGCACUGAAGACUGAAGAGAAUAAAAUCAAAGUGGUGGCAUUGAAAAUUACAAACAACAUCAACGUCCUAAUCAAGGAUCUUUUCCACAACCCUCCAUCUUAUAAGAGCACGGUCACUUUGUCCUGGAAACCAGUGCAGAAGGCAGAGGCAGCAGCUGCUGUGGGACAAAAACGCUCUUCUGGAGAGGAUGUGGUUACAGGGACCAUUGGAAAGAAGGUUUCCCCGUUGCCACGGAGGGAUGCACGGCAAAUAUACAACCCCCCGAGUGGAAAAUACAGUGCUAGUAUUGGAAACUUUUCUUAUGAGCAAAGAGGCGGGUUUAGAGGCAGUAGGGGCAGAGGUUUUGGACGAGGAAAUAGAAGUCGAGGACGAAUCUUCUAAAGGAGGACUAUAUAUUAUUUUCAGAGAUCCAUCUUCACAGCUCCAGGUCUGCCCCAUGCCAGCAUCCCGACUGUUCUGACAGCCUCAAUCCUGAUGGGCUCCCAGUUUACCACUUACUGUUUCUUCCUCUGUUUUCAUAAUGUAGUUCUGAAGUCAUGCUCAGUGUGGUUUUUUUUUUUGUUUUGGUUUGUUUUUUUGGGGGGGAUAAACAAGACAACUGUGUAAUUAUGUACCUUUUGAUUGUAUUUGUAUGGUGGCAGAUCUUCUGUAUUUUUUUAUCUUAGUUUUGUUGGAUGUCUUCACGUGACUUUGUAAGAUACAUUUGUUUUGAUCUGCAUUUUAUUAUAAACCAGUUCAGUCCAAAAGAAUUCCUGUCAUUGGUAAUUUUUGGAAAUGGGUAUUUAAGUUUUAAAGAUCUCCUAUGACCUCACAUUAGGCUUUGCCGUUUUUGAUGAAUAAGGAAAAGAAGCAUAGUAUUUUUAGUGACCUAGUCCUUCGUCAUAUUUGUCUUAAAAGAUCAUUGUUGCCAUUGUUUAGCUCUUCAUAGAUUGACUGAUUCCUCAUUUUUUUCUGGUAACUUUUAAAAAUUUGAGGCUCUAUUUUGAAUUUCACAAUUUUUUGCAUGCAUAUUUUACAGCAGUUGGAAAUAGGUAUGUAAGUAUUUUGAAUAAAAACAGUUGUUACUGCUAGUUUUUAUAAAUGACAUGCUUACAUCAACUGAAUUGUUGGUAAUAAGGGUGCAAAAAUUGACCACUUUAAACAAAAACAUAAUAAAUUACUCUUUGCAUUCUG